AUGGACGACUGGGGCGACCCAUGGCAGGACGAUGCGGCUCCGAAGCAUCCCCCGGCCAUCGAUGUGCACAUCCUCGCCGACCGCCAAAGCAAGGAACGCGUCGUUACACCCGUACUGAGCGGCUUCUUCGAGGACCAGCAGAAAUGGAGCGAGCCCGAUUCCCACGACGUGUGGGCUUCUGCCCGCGACGAGCCCGUCGCGCCGCUGAAGCCUGCCGCGCCUGCUGACGCUCCGCUAUGGGACGCGGACGCUGACAAGCAUGGCGAUAUCCACGAAGACAUGCCCGCGCCGACGCAGACGCAGGCCGCCACCGUCGAAGCCGAGACCCCGCCGCCCGCGGAAGAAGCAACGAGCGACGCGUCCUCUGAGUCCUCGUUUCACGAAACCACGCCCGACGAGUUUGAAGAAUCAGGGGCAGCGCCCGUUACUCCCACGACUCACGAAAUUGAUUCCUCGGAUUCUGGCACCACCAUCGGGCCCGACGGCGGUGCCUACGCCGCUCUCGACCCUUCCACUCCACCUGCAACUAGACCCCACUCCGACGAGUUUGAGAGCGGCCUCUCUACCCGCCCUUCGACCUCGCCCUCGGAAGCCAGCCACGGCGAUGGCCUGUCCGCUUCUACAAGAACCUCCUUCGAAGACGAUGUCGGGCCGCAGAGCGUGACCGCGACCGGUGAACUCGGACACCAUAAGGCCGCUGGGGAGACACAGACCGCAGAGGAGCCCGAGAGCGAAGCCGAGAUCGAGCAUCAGGCUACUGCAGUCGCUGCAGAGGACAGCACCACCAAGGAUGCACCCAAUGAAGCAUCCGAAGAGGCCGAUGACGAGACAAACGAGAUUACGAUUGAGAACGAACAUGAACACCGAGUCGAAGACUCACAUGAAGACCAAGCCGAAGACUCACAUGACGACCAAGUCGAAGACGCACAUGAAGACCCAAUUGAAGACCGAGUCGAAGAUCCACACGUCGAAGACUCGCAUCAAGACGGCCCAGAAGAAGAUGCAUUCGAUGAUGAUGACUUUGGCGACUUUGAAGAAGAGGGGGACGAUGUCCUCGAAGACGAAACUACCAACAACAUUGAGAGCCCUGUCGAUGCUGAACCUUCAUCGCCGAACAAUGGGUCCAACUCAGCGCAGGACCUGAGUGAAUAUGUUCCAAGUAGCCCAAGGCCGUUCGUUAAAGCCGAUUUUACGCCCGAUCUGAGCCUCGUCGGCCAGUUAUUCCCAGCUACUGGCAACAACAAGGAGCUAGAAGAGGUGGAUGACUCUCCCAUCAAGCCGACGAACGCCCGGAAGGCUUGGUAUCGCCUCACGCGCCUUGAAACACUGCAUGAAGUUGGAAGCGGGAAAGACCAUGACAACUACGUGCGUGUAGGUUGGCAAGGCUCUACCGUUCGCGCCGAAACCAACCAGGUCGUAGCGCGAUGGGCGUCUGAAGACCGCAUCAACGGCCGCACACUGCUUGGUGGAAAAUCUGGCGCUAUGUUUGGUUGGGAUUCGCCCAAGUUCUCUCCAGCCUCAAGCGUCUUCUCCUUCCAUUCGCACAAACGCAAUGCCUCCGCAGCAACCACGCCUAAGAAGGCUACUUUCGACUUGGAGGAGACGAAACAGAGACCUGCGUCGCUUGCCGUGCCUUCUCUGCGAAGACCUUCAAUUUCGGCGGCCCUCGAUGUUCCCCAGUUCAGCUGGAGCAGCGCAGUGGACGAGCCGGACGAGCCUGCUGCGUCUUCGGCUCCACCCUCGAAAACGGCCUUUGCUAACUCAAAUGAUGGCAACAAUCCGUGGGGUGGCUCCUUUGCUGAGAAGGCGUCAGCUCAAGAGAUCAUGCCAAUAUCUGCACCGCCGGUGAAGGUAUCGUUUGAUGAGAGAAAGAGCCCCUCAAUAAGCAGAAGCUCCUUCGAGGACGCGGACGCUUGGAAGCCCGCAGCGCCUUCUUUUAGGGAGGAGAAUUCCUGGGGAUCCGCAAAGGCAUCUUUCGAAGAAGAGGACUCUUGGGAGCCCGCCAAGACAACGCUCGACGAAGCAGAUGCAUGGAACGCUGCAAAGAAGUCUCUCGAAGAAACGGAUCCCUUCGAGCCCCCCAAAAGAUCCCUCGAGGAAGCAGAUGCUUGGAAAUCAACGAGGGAAUCCCUCGAUGAACCAGACGCUUCCUUACACAAGCCUUCACUCGACGAAGGCGAUGCUUGGAAGCCAGCGAGGACUUCUUCGGAGAAACCACCACCGUAUGAGCUGCCACCGCAACCUCCUGUCGAAAUUCCGGCCAAUUGCAAACCAGUGAAGAACUCCCAAGACCAGAUCAUUGGUUGGAAGUUGGAUCACGAUGCUAUCAAGAAAGCGGCAGCCGAGGAGAAAGCGUCAGCCCUUCAAACACUGCAAAGGCCUCAGCAUACUCGCGCAGUGUCGGAUCCUAACAUUCUCCAUAUAACUUCGCCCUUUGACAAUCCGUUUGCUCCCCCAGAACCUGAAAAGGUCGAACCAGCUCCGGAAGAGAAAGACCAAGCGCAGUCUGGCGAGAAGAAAAAGAAGAAGAGGCUGAGCUGGCUCACCUUGCCUAAACGGAAGAAGAACAAUGAUCUCCAUCAUAAGAGGUCUGUGUCAACUUCUAGCUUUUUGGCGGUUUCAAAUAGCACCGCCGUUCCACCUAAAAGCUCAUCUUUACCGUCUUGGGAGAGUCCUUGGGCUAAAACGGCGUCAAAGUCCCCCUUGGCGAACGAGGUUCCCGGUCCAGACCCGGAGCCAGAAAUAGCUCGUAAAGAACACGAGCCGGAGAUCCCCCUUAGGAAACACGAGCCGAAUCCGUGGGACAAUGCUUUCGACAAUGCUUGGGACGAUGCCAGGCCAUCUACUGCAAAAUCAAACGCUUCCCACCGUGAUUCUGCUUUGACAUCGAAACCGGAGCUGCCCGCCAUUGACACUGCCGUUCGCCCUCUGUCUCCUAAAGAGGUCGUCACUCCCACGCCAAAGCUGCCAGCCAUCGAUACAAACCCUGCGCCGCAUAAGGCUGACAGUCCCGUUCACGAAGAAAAGAGCUGGGGUGGCAUUGUUGAAUCGCCAAUGGCGUCUCCUGCUGUCAUGUCUCCAGAUGAGAACCCAUGGGGGGAUCCAUGGAAGCCCGCGUCCGUAACUUUGUCCGUGGAGCCACCUUCAGCGUCGAAGCCAACUACUAAACUUGCACCUCUCAAUACCAGUGUCAGGCCUCAAGACAUCGACGAUGACGACGACUGGGGCGAGAUGGUUGAAUCGCCCGCAGCAUCUUCACCAGUGAUUGCACCUCCUGCAUCUGGACAGUGGGGUCUUCCGCGUAGCAUCUCGCCAAUCGGCUCGCCCAUUAGUAAGACCACCAGAGCUCAUCCACCAAGCCCAUUGGUGCCUGCGCCUAUUCGAUCUGCCACAAUGCCCAUUUCGCCAACUGCGUCAGGCCUAGCAUCUCCACCCCGCGUAAACCCACCGAAGUCGACGACCGCUUGGCUCCCCAAGCCAACCAACCAACCACGACCGCUCAGCCCUCUCAACCCGGCACGCUCUUCCACCCUCCCCACCUCACCGUCUGUCAGCAGCUUACCAUCGCUGUCGCCGUCGCCGGAGCAGAAGAGGGAGAUUUCGCGCCCGGCGCCUAUCGACAUUGUCGCUACUAACUCGGAUCCGUGGGAUUUCUCCAUCUUUGAUAAGCCUACACCCACCUCUGCACGCAACCGCACGGCGUCUAGCCCUCUCCCAAGCCCUCUCCCAAGCCCCGAACCUAGCUCAACGGCUCCUACCAUCACGUUUGACGCUAUCCUAGGCGGUGCUACCCGCACCGACCGCGCAAGCUCCACCCCCAUUACGUUUGACCAAAUCCUGCAGCCUUCGCGCGACUCAACGGGUUCUGCUAGGACGUUUGAUGACAUUCUGGCUAAGCCUGGCCAGCUGUCGCGGGCCAGCUCGCAGCAGGACCUCGGGGCUGCCGCCGCAAGUCAAACGCAGGCUGGCCCGGUGGGCGGUUGGGCUGAGCAGGAUAAAGAGGCUGUGAAGAAGUUUGUGGCAGGACUACCAGAUAUGAGUUAUAUGCUUCGAUGA